AUCUGUGUAGUGGCUGAACUUGGUGGCUGUAUCACAAUCAGGGCAGUUGAACAUGGAGGGCCAAAUUAAAUAAUAAUAAAUAAUAAUUGAACUUUAUUGAUCUCACAAUGGAGAAAUUGAUCUUUUCAACCUGUCUUAUCUGCAGUUAACCCAGCAUCUGAAGUAAAAUUUACUAAAGUGUCCUCUGCAGGAGGACAUGAAAGCAGAUAAACAGGUGAAGUCAGGGGCAGGGCAAAACUGGAAAUACGAGUUUCAGCGUCAGUUACAAGAAAUUCUCAGACGUUUCUGGAUCUCAGCAGCGCUUCAGUCAAGAUUAAUGUUCCUUUCUGUCAAAAAUAGAAGAAAAUAAAGAGGAAAAAAACUGAGAUUCACCUUCUGCCCCUCAACAACACACUGAGAUACUGAGUUCAGAAAUGUCUUCUGGCAGCAACCUGAGGUCUGAGGAUCAGUUUCUGUGCUCCAUCUGUCUGGAUGUGUUCACUGAUCCAGUCAGCACACCAUGUGGACACAACUUCUGCAAAGCCUGCAUCACUCACUACUGGGAGGAAAAUGAAAGAUGUCAUUGUCCUGUAUGUAAGAAGGUGUUCAAGAUGAGACCUGAGGUGGAAAUCAACACCUUGAUCAGAGAGAUGGUUGCUCAGUUCAGACAUAAAGCUCAGCAGGAAGCCAGCAGCAGAAGCUCAGCUGCUAAACCAGGAGAAGUUCCCUGUGACGUCUGCACUGGAACCAAGCUGAAGGCCCUGAAGUCCUGCCUGGUGUGUCUGCUCUCCUACUGUCAGACUCACCUGGAGCCUCAUCUGACCACUCCAGGUCUGAAGAAACAUCAGCUGAUGGAGCCUGUGGAGAACCUGGAGGACAGGAUGUGUCUGCAGCACGAUAAACCUCUGGAGCUGUUCUGUAGGACCGACCAGACAUGUGUCUGCUCUCUCUGUCCUGUUCUAGACCACAAGAACCACGAGUUUGUUCCUCUGAGAGAAGAAUCUGAAGGAAAGAAGGCAGAGCUGAAGAAGACCGAGGCUGAAGUUCAGAAGAUGAUCCAGAGCAGACGAGUGAAGAUCCAGGAGAUCAAAGAGUCGGUGAAGAUCAGUAAAGAUGCUGCAGACAGAGAGAAAGCAGAAGGUGUUCAGGUCUUCACUGCUCUGAAGGAGGCUGCUGAGAGAGGGCUGGAGGAGCUCAUCAAGGAGAUCCAAGACAAACAGAAAACUGCAGAGAAACAGGCUGAAGACUUCAUCAAAGAUCUGGAGCAGGAAAUCUCUGAGCUGAUGAAGAAGAGCUCUGAGGUGAAGCAGCUCUCACAGUCUGAAGACCACCUCCACCUCCUCCAAAGCUUCUCCACCCUGAAAGCUGCUCCACCCACCAAGAACUGGACAGAGGUCAGAGUUCAUCCUCCAUCAUAUGAGGGGACUGUGGUGAGAGCUGCUGCUCAGCUGCUGGAGAAGAUGAAGGAGAUCAAGAAGAUGUUGGAGGCUGAGCUGAAGAGGGUCCAGCAGUAUGCAGUGGAUGUGACUCUAGAUCCUGAUACAGCUCAUCCUAAACUAAUCCUGUCUGAUGAUGGAAAACAGGUGAAACUUGGAGAUGUGAGGAAGAAGCUUCCAGACAAUCCAGAGAGAUUUUCUCAGUGUGUUUGUGUUUUAGGACAUCAGAGUUUCUCUUCAGGAAGAUUUUACUUUGAGGUUCAGGUGAAAGGAAAAACUGACUGGACUUUAGGAGUGGCCAGAGAGUCCAUCAACAGGAAGGGACAAGUCGCUCUGAGUCCUCAGAAUGGUUUCUGGAUUGUUGUGUUGAGAAAUAGAAAUGAGUACCUAGCUUGUGCUGAACCUCCAGUCCGUCUCCAUGUCCAGCCUGGUCCUGAGAAGGUGGGGGUGUUUGUGGAUUAUGAGGAGGGUCUGGUCUCCUUUUAUGAUGUAGAUGCUGCAGCUCUGAUCUACUCCUUUACCGGCUGCUGCUUCACUGAGAAGAUCUAUCCAUACUUCAGUCCCUGUUUAAAUGAUGGAGGUAAAAACUCUGCUCCUCUGAUCAUCUGUCCUGUUAAUCAGGAUGAUUUUAAAUCUGAUGAAUCUGAACCAGAACCAGAAUCAGAACCAGAACCAGAUGAAGCUCCAUGAAUAAUGAACCUGUGGGUGAAGAACCUCCAGUCUGAGUGACUCUUAGGUUUUUGUAAAUACAGCCAUGUUAGAAAUCAAGGUGAGAGCAGACUUAAAAUUGUAGUUUACGUAAUAAUGUGGACUGUAGCAUCGCCUCUGAUGUUAAGGUCCCAGUCAGUGAAACUACAGGUGGACGUUUCUGUGGAUCAUUCUUGGAUCAAGUCAAAGACUCCAUGAAAUCUGCUGGAUUUCCUUAGAUAGAAAACUUUUAACCAAAUUGUCUAAAUCAGGGAUUCCCAGAGUGUGGAGCUGCCACUAGGGGUCGCGCAAGAUGAGAAAUGUGAUGGCCGUCUGACUGUGUUUUUUCCCCACACCAUAAAGAUGUAUAAAUAAAUAUUUCCUUUGUAAAAAUUAGAAUCAAAAACUAUAAAUGUAAUAAAUAAAAAGAUGUAUUGAACCACUGAUGAUGUCAUGACCACUGAUGAUGUCAUGACCACUGAUGAUGUCAUGACCACUGAUGAUGUCAUGACCCCACCGCUGCUGCUGGGGGAAACUGGUGGUAGACGUGGUUUCUAUGCUCACACUCAGAGCUGUAAUACUUUUCAUUGUAACUCAGACAGGUGCAGUUCAUUUAAAAGAUGCAGUUUUAGCGCAUAUUCAGACAGAAACAGGGAAACCAGCAACUGGUGGUGGGCCUGCAGGGAGCUUAGGUGUGUUGCUGUGGGCGUGUCUACCUGCUGAAGGUAACCAAUGAGAAACAAUCAGGAAAUAACUUUUAAUUUCUCUGAUUAAUAACUGCUUUAGCGCUCUGUUGUUGUUACUCUGUGUCACUCUACCAAAGUGUUAAACUUCUUCAUGUUUCUAUUUUGCAGCGUAAAUUGUGAGUCAGACUUAAGCAGACUCAGACGUUUCAGGUUGUGGAGGUUUGAUCUGAGUCUCUUUCUGUCUCUGAGCCACUGAUAAACCUGAAAAUCCUAAAGAUUGUGCUGUGGAUGUUGUAACUUUAUUGCAAUUUAAUUCAAAUUAUGUUCUUAUUUUAUUUCAAUAACCUUCGUUAUGAUGAUUUUGUUGUAACUGCAACUUUAAAUUUUUUUAUUUUGAUUUUGUUCAAUUGAG